AUGCGCGCGCAGUGCGCCAGUGUCACCGCCGUGGCUGCCCCGUGUUUGCUGCGGCAAGGACGAGCCGGGGCCCUGAAGGCUGUACUCCAGGAAGCCCAGGUGUUUCGAGGACUGACUUCUACGGUUUCUUUGUCUGCGGAAUCAGGGAAGAGUGAAAAGGGUCAGCCACAGAAUCCCAAGAAGCAGAGUCCACCAAAAAAGCCGGCCCCAAUGCCUGCCGAGACAUUUGACAACACUACCUACAAGAACCUCCAGCAUCAUGACUACACCACGUACACCUUCUUAGACCUAAACCUCGAUCUCUCCAAAUUCAGGAUGCCUCAGCCCUCCUCAGGCCGGGAGUCACCUCGACACUGAGGGCGCUCGCUGUGAAGAUGAACCUUCCACCGUCUUCGCUGCAUCCUGGAGUGCAAAAAUAAAAUCCACUCAAGAGUAACAAAGCCCAGUGUGCAUAAUCGGUUUCACUUUUACUUUUUUUUUUUGAGACAGGGUCUCACUCUGUCACCCAGGUUGGAGUGCAAUGGCGCGAUCUCGGCUCAGUGCAACCUCCACCUCCUGGGUUCAAGUGAUUCUCCUACCUUAGCCUCCUGAGUAGCUGGGACUACAGGUACUCACCACCAGACCCAGCUAAUUUUUGUAUUUUUAGUAGAGACAGGGUUUCACCAUGUUGGCCAGGCUGGUCUCGAACUCCUGACCUCAGAUGAUCUGCCCACCUUGGCCUCCCAAAAUGCUGGGAUUAUAGGCAUGAGCCAUUGCGCCCAUCCACUUUCACACUUUUUACAGUGAGUGGUGAAUUAGCAACAGUAAUGCUGAUUAUCCAACAUAUAUUUUGGAAUAUCCUCUGUGUGCAAGGAAUUUUUCUUUUAAGGUUAUGGAUCACUGGACAAAUCCGUAUAAUUAGAGAAUUGUAAGCGCUUUACAGCGGUGUGAUUCUACUGUGCUGAGCCUAGUCAAUGUAGCAUUAAACUGAUUAUCAGCUGAGUAUCAA